AGAGGCAUAAAGCAGCCUCUCCUGGCAAAGGACAGUCAUCCUCUCAACCUACAGGCAGAGCAAGCCCUGGGCCCUCACUCCACACCGGGUUUCCUGAAGGACCCAGAGCAUCAUUCCCUGGGACAAUGACCAUGUUUGAAAAUGUCACCCGGGCCUUGGCCAGACAGCUAAACCCUCGAGGGGACUUAACACCCCUGGACAGCCUCAUUGAUUUCAAGCGCUUUCACCCCUUCUGCCUGGUGUUAAGGAAGAGGAAGAGCACACUGUUCUGGGGGGCCCGCUAUGUCCGCACCGACUACACCCUUCUGGAUGUUCUUGAGCCUGGCAACUCACCCUCAGAUCCAACAGACUCUGGGAACUUUGGCUUUAAGAAUAUGCUGGACGCCCGAGUGGAGGGAGAGGUGGAUGUACCAAAGACGGUGAAGGUGAGGGGGACUGCAGGGCUCUCCAGGAACAGCACGCUGGAGGUCCAGACACUCAGUGUGGCUCCCAAAGCCCUGGAGUCCUUGCACGAGGAGAGGAAGCUGGCAGCAGAUCACCCUUUCCUGAAGGAGAUGCGAGAUCGUGGUGAGAACCUAUACGUGGUGAUGGAGGUGGUGGAGACGGUACAGGAGGUCACUCUGGAGAGAGCCGGCAAGGCAGAGGGCUGCUUCUCCCUCCCCUUCUUUGCCCCACUGGGACUACAGGGAUCUGUAAACCACAAGGAGGCUGUAACCAUCCCCAAGGGCUGCGUCCUAGCCUUUCGAGUGAGACAGCUGAUGGUCAAUGGCAAAGAUGAAUGGGAUAUUCCCCACAUCUGCAAUGACAGCAUGCAAACCUUCCCUCCAGAAGAAAAGCCAGGAGAGGGGAAAUGCGCACUUAUCCAGGCAUCUGAUGUUGGGGAGGUACAUGAGGAUUUUGGGACACUGAAAGAAGAGGUUCAGAGAGAGACCCAAGAAGUGGAGAAGCUGAGUCGAGUGGGGCAAAGUUCCCUGCUCAGCUCCCUUAGCAAACUUCUAGGGAAGAAAAAAGAACUCCAAGACCUAGAGCUCGCGCUUGAAGGGGCUCUAGACAAGGGACAUAAAGUAACCCUGGAGGCACUCCCAAAAGAUAUUGUACUAUCAAAGGAGGCUAUGGAUGCUGUCCUCUAUUUCCUUGGAGCCCUAACAGAUUUUGUUUGGUUCUUGCAGGUGGAGAGCAUGAUGGAACAGAAUUUUCUGCAGGAUAAAGAGGGCAUUUUCCCCCUGCAACCUGAGUUGCUCUCCUCCCUUGGUGAAGAGGAACUGACCCUCACAGAAGCUCUAGUGGGGCUGAGUGGCCUGGAAGUGCAGCGAUCAGGCCCCCAAUACACUUGGGAUCCAGACGCACUCCCCCACCUUUGUGCCCUUUAUGCUGGUCUCUCCCUCCUUCACCUGCUGACCAAGGCUUCCUAAUGAGACUUCUGUCUGCCCCCUGCUCCCCGAUGCCUGCCCAGACUCACAGUGCUGUGUCCUUAAUACCCAAAGGCAUUUCAGAACUACCAGGACAAAGAGGACUAAAAUCCUAGUUGAUCACCCAUGAUAACCAAGUUCUACCUGCCCCACUUUGUAUCUCGCCUGCUACCUCCACAACCCACUAAGCCCGUCUGCUAAUGCCUAAAUCCUGUAGAAAUAGAAGCACUCAACCUUUAAACUAUGAGCCAUUUCAGCAAAACUGAAAAAAAAAAAAGAUAAAUUAGUUUCCUAUCCUAAUCUCUCCUACCUGUGCUUAGAAAAAAACAAGCUUUAUAGGAAUUAGAGGAAAUUAGGAUAAUGUGUCUUUUUGUGUUUUUCUUUAAAGAAUUUGUCAUGGGAUGAACCAAACAGCUAUGUACAACCAUAAAGUUCCAAUAAAAAUAAAUAAAACACAA